AUGCUCGCCUCGGGUCAUGAAUCUGGGUCCCCCUUCCCAUGCGAUUUCCCAAACCAUUUUUGUGAUUCCACAGACACGGAGUUGUCGGACCUCACGUCCUCGCUGGCGGAUGGAUCGCCAGAGGUUCAGCAGGCAGCCGUGGAUGCACUCAAGUCCAUCGCCGCAGUUAACCCCAAGCUCGUUUUGCUCUUCUGUUCCGAGCUUCUCCAAUCCGGUCAGAGCACCAGCCUGUGGUGGUCAGUGCCUCUGCUGGCCCAGCACCACAAGACCAACCUCUUCUCUGUCAUCGCAGCCACAUCAGCACACUUGAAUCCGCCUCCUCUGUGCUUUCUGGCCAACUUCCAAUUCGCGUGCCUGCACACCCCCCCAUUUCCCCCCUCAGAGCACGAGCCUGUGGUGGUCGGUGCCUCAGCUGCCCCAGCACCACAAGACCAACCUCUUCUCUGUCAUUGCUGCCGCCAUCAACGUGCUUAUAUCUGCCUCCGGCCCUCCCAUUCCCCACCCGUCCACCCUCAGAGCACCAGCCUGUGGUGGUCGGUGCCUCAGCUGCCCCAGCACCACAAGACCAACCUCUUCUCCGUCAUCGCUGCUUCCAUCACCUCCCUCACUCGCCAGCAACACUCCGCUGCUGCUGCUGCUACAGCAGCGGGUGCAGGAGGAUUCUCAGCAGCAGGAGCAGCAUGGGGGAUGGUAGCAGCGGGAGGGAUGCCAGCGGAAGGUGCAGGAGUGGGGAUGGGUUCAGAUGGGGGGGGAGGGGUGUCGGAUCACACCAUGCUGGUGCAGAGCAUCAAGCUGGCUCUGGCGGAGAUGCAGGUGGCAGGCCGAUCAGGCACUGGCAGCGCCCAGAGCAUCAAGCUGGCACUGGCAGAGAUGCAGGUGGCAGGCCGAUCAGGCACAGGCAGUGCUCAGAGCAUCAAGCUGGCUCUGGCGGAGAUGCUGGUGGCAGGCCGAUCAGGCACAGGCAGCGCCCAGGACAUUGGCUCGCCAUUGAACAUGGCUGUAGCAUCUGUCAUCACGGCUGUAGCAGCUGCGUCCACUGCACUGGCCCUGGACGAGGUGUUCUGUGUGCCACAGCCACCACUGCAUCUCAUUGCCGGCGCCUUUGGGCAGAUGGCAAAGAAUAGAUCUGCUGUGUUCCGAGCCGUGUGGCCAAAUGUGCUGAGGAAGAUCGUUCCGCAGCUGCUGACUGUCACUGAGACCACCAAGUACGUCUUUGCUGAUGCAAUCGCCCACUGGUGCCGGGCAUUCACUCAUGGGCAAGGCAUGGCACGGUCUGAUCUAUUCCCCUCCAAUUCAUCCCCCCCCACACACCCCUGUCAUCAACUUGCCACCCCAGCAAUCGCCCACUGGUGCAGAGCAUUCACUCACGGGCAAGGCAUGGCUGUGGUGCUGGCGCUGCAGGAGAGAAGAAGCAGGGAGGCGAGAGGGGAGGGGAAUCUGGAGGGCGGGGCACCGUUGGAUGAGCUGAGGAAUAUCCCAUGGACGGCUGAAGAUUGGGAGGAGUCUGUUGCCCUCCUCCAAUCGGCAUUCGACCUUUUUCUGCAGCGCUGGCUCCUCUCUUCCUCCUCACCGGCCCGGCUAUCCACAGCCAAGGCCAUGGCGGAGAUGGCGUUUCUGCUGCAGGAGAGCUACCUGCGAUCCACGCUCAGCGCGCUGCUGCCCGCCCUUCGCUCCCUGUAUGGCAAGGAGCCAGAGGAGUAUCAGCACGUGCUGCUCCCCACUCUGGAGUUCCUACUCGCCCUCAUAGGCCACUACACCAGCCGCCUGAGCUCCAACGCUGCUGAUAUCCGCAUCACCAUCACUGGCCUCAACACAGCCAUGCGGUGUGCCAUGACCAUCACCGAGGCUUUCCCCCAGCAUGCAAGCGCCUUUGCCAUCCAGAGGGCAGCACACAGAGGGGUGGAUGUGCGCAUCAGGCAGGGGGCUCUGGUUUUGCUGCGACGCAUCGUGACCAGCAUGCCGCAAGUGUGGGCGGGCAGUGAGGAGCAGUUCUGCCAGGGAGCGAUCUACAUCGUCCAAUCAGAAGAGACCAUGGAGAGCGGGCAGGACACGUCAGCACAGGAUAUUUUUGCGCUGGGAUGGGUUCAGGGACGCUCGUCCCUAAUCCACCCCUCCCUAGGCCUCCCCUCUAGCGAUCCCUCCAGCCCUCCAGGAGUUUCUGCUAGCCCGAGAGGGGGAGAGUGGAGAGGAGCGCAGGAAACAGGAGGAGGAGCAGGAGGAGCAGCAGUGGGGUCGAGCAGUGGUGGAGGAGGGAUGGGCGGAGGGGCAGGGGGAGGAGGAGGAGGAUCAACGGUGGGAGGAGGAGGGUCAGGAGCAGGAGGGGGGGUGUCACCGAUAGAGGCUGUGCUGCUGCGGCCAGUGGGAGAGGUGGAGGUGGAGUGGAGCUCUGCGUGUGCUUCCCUGCUGGGCGCAGCUGUGCUUGUGCCCCGGAACACACCGUGUGACGAGACUCGCAAGGAGAUUGUGCAGGUAAUGUUUUGGUUGCCUCAUUUGGAGCUCUGCGUGCUCGUCCCUGCUGGGCGCAGCUUAGGAGCAGCAGGAGGGGUGGUGUCGCCGAUAGGGGCAGUACUGCUGCGGCCAGUGGGAGCGGUGGAGGUGGAGUGGAGCUCUGCGUGUGCUUCCCUGCUGGGCGCAGCUGUGCUUGUGCCCAGGAAUACCCCGUGUGAUGAGACUCGCAAGGAGAUAGUUCAGUCUAGGCGGCUCAUUAGGAGGUGUGCGCGCUCGUCCCUGCUGGGCGCUGCUGUGCUUGUGCCCAGGAACACACUGUGUGACGAGACACGCAGGGAGAUUGUGCAGGUAGUGUCUCAGGUGAUUCAUUUGGAGCUCUGCCUGUGCGGUGUUGCAGCUGCUGAUAACCUUCUCUCUUUUCGCAUCGUGCUCCUUGUCCCCAUUCCCCCCCAGCUCCCAACCUUUCUCUGCCUUCCUGCCGCAUGUUCCCAACCUUUCGUGCUCCUUGUCCCCAUUCCCCCCCAGCUCCCAACCUUUCUCUGCCUUCCUGCCGCAUGUUCCCAACCUUUCGUGCUCCUUGUCCCCAUUCCCCCCCAGCUCCCAACCUUUCUCUGCCUUCCUGCCGCAUGUUCCCAACCUUUCGUGCUCCUUGUCCCCAUUCCCCCCCAGCUCCCAACCUUUCUCUGCCUUCCUGCCGCAUGUUCCCAACCUUUCGUGCUCCUUGUCCCCAUUCCCCCCCAGCUCCCAACCUUUCUCUGCCUUCCUGCCGCAUGUUCCCAACCUUUCGUGCUCCUUGUCCCCAUUCCCCCCCAGCUCCCAACCUUUCUCUGCCUUCCUGCCCCAUGUUCCCCUCCCCAUCUCCCUCCUGACUUUUGA